AGUGAAUAACUCACAGGCCGACAGGCCGACUGGCCGCUUGAUUUAUGGGGGCGUGCCCCGGACAGCCGUGCUUUGGCGCUCAAUUAAAACGGAACCAAAGUCAAAAGUCACCGAGCGACAUGGGAAACGCACGGAGUCCUAGUUCUAGCUGCGAUGGAUUAACACAUCUCCCGGGGCAACAUCUUCUCUCCGGGCGACAACAACCCUCAUGGCAAGGUCUUUUGCUCGGAGGCUGGCCUGUCAUAUAAAUCAAGCAUAAUCAACGCGAAAUGCGACUCGACUCUCCAUAGAUGGACUCCGAUGCGAGAUUCCCGGAUAAGCUGCACUCGAAGAAAAAGGGGGACGCUAGCUAUCUAUGGGAAUAUUGAAGUAACUCUACACUACUAACUUAACAAUUUUGAAUUUGUGGUCAUUACUAUCAUCUGCUCAUUUACUAAAUUAAUAUCAAGCUAUUGUCUAACUAUGGCUAACUGGAAGUCACCCUCGUUUCUCGCUGUGCACGAGAGGGGUGAAG